GCGUCUCUCUAAAGAGUGACUGGUCUAAAGAUCAAAUUAUACAACUCAGUGAACCCAGGCCUCCUUCUCCUUCUGCUCUGAGCAGUGUCUCUUUAAAGAGUGACGACUCCAAAGGACUACCUCCAGACUUCAGUGAACCCAGGCCGAACGAAUCCUCCAAUUCCAGCAGUGUUUCCAGCACAAAUGAUGCUUCCGACUGGGACAAUCCAAGGCCCCACGAAACCACAACCUCCAGCAGUGUUUCCAGGUCCUCAGAGGCAGAUCCUUCCAGCGAGGAUCAUUCAAGUUCUAAAGGAGAGGAAUCAGACACAAGUUAAUGAAAUGGGCUUCCCAAAGCUCACACCAGAUUCAACAAAACAACAGAAAAUACAAAAUAAAAAAACAACAGAAAAAUAUGAAAAGGACGUCAAGGAGAAGCUUGAUUCAAAAAUAUAUGACAUGAAAACGAAUAACGUUAAGAAGCCUGGUGCUUUGUUAAAAAAAGGACAAACUGUACUGACUGUAGGUGUGGCUGGGAUUGGAAAGACUUUUCAAGCCAAGAAAUAUGUGAAAGACAAAAAAAAGUCUAAAGGAAAACAACUGAAGAUUUUUCUGGACCUUGAGAAGUUAAAUUCUGAACAAACCCAAAGUUUGACAGAUCUGCUCAGUGACUGCUUUGAGGGUUCCAAUCAAAGUUUCGACUACAGCAGUGAAGAGAUGACCAUCAUCCUAGACGAACUGGACAAAUGCACUCUCCCUCUGGACUUUGAAAACAACAAGACACUGAAGGACAUCACACAGAGCGCUCCAGUGGACGAGCUGCUGACAAACCUGCUGCAGAGGAACCUGCUUCCCUCUGCUCAGCUGUGGAUCCUGACCAGACCUUCAGGACAGAACAAGAUCCCAAAGAAAUACAUCCACUCAGUCACAGAGUGCAGAGAGACUGUGGAGCGCCACAAGAGACUUGCAUCAAAACUGAAAGAAAGAUUUAACAAAGAAAAAGAAAUUCAAGACACAAAAAAGACCGAGCUCUUCUAUAAGAGCAGAGAUGCAAAUCCUGUGAAGAUCUCAUCACUCUCAGAUCUAUUCAAAUCAGAGAAAGAGGGGAGAGUCCGCACUGUGCUGACAGAGGCAGAGGAAGGGCUGGACCGCUCUCUCCACGUGCAGGAAUUAAUCAAAGACUGGGCAAAGGCAGAAUCUAUUUCAGGAAGGGCGGCGUCAUUGUUUGGGUGGAAAGACAAAGAGAAGGCAGUCCUCCUCCUGUUUCCACUCAUGUCUUCAAAACUUCUUUUACAAAAGGAAUUGAGUUUUGUGGAACUUCUGAACCAAGUUUUCAUAGAAACUAAGCAGUGUGUCAUGUCUGACUAUAAUGAGCUGAGCUGUGUGUUCAUCCUGGACAGUCUGGAGGAGUUUCAAGUGGACUGGACUGUGGAGGACAGAGUGACAGACGUGUACAAGUCUGCCCCAGUGACUGUUCUCCUGAGCAGCCUGAUCAGAGGAGACCUGCUCCCCUCUGCUCUCGUCUGGAUCACCUCCACACCUGCUCAGCCAGUGCCCCCAGAGCUCCUGCACCGGACCACUCACAUACGAGAUAAAAAUGCUAAAGAGAAACUCUCCAAACAACUGAAAGACAAAAUCAAGCAGAGAGUGAAGAGACAAGAGAUGGAGACUGAACUGUAUGAGAUCAAAUCUGACAAGCAAGAAAAAGUCCUCCUCUCAGAAAUAUUAACCCACAGCAAAGUGAGAACAGUGCUCACCACAGGAGUCCCUCGAAUCGGCAAAACAUUUCACUCUGAAAUGUUCCAGUUGGAUUGGGCAGAAGGGAAGUUUAAAACUGACGUUGUUAUUUCUAUUCCUUUUGAUGAGCUCAAUCCAUCCUCAGACAAAAGCCUAAAGGACCUCCUCAACCAGUACUUGGACUGUAAAUUGUCCAAGUACUGUUACUACGAUGAAUAUAAGAUCCUUCUCAUCCUGGACGGACUGGACAAAUGCACUCUCCCUCUGGACUUUGAAAACAACAAGACACUGAAGGACAUCACACAGAGCGCUCCAGUGGACGAGCUGCUGACAAACCUGCUGCAGGGGAACCUGCUUCCCUCUGCUCAGCUGUGGAUCCUGACCAGACCUUCAGGACAGAACAAGAUCCCAGAGCAGCACAUCCACUCAUUCACAGAGUGCAGAGAGACUGAGAAGAGGCGACAGGCGUUGAAAACAAAGCUGAAGACCAUUUUUGAAACAAAGUUUGUUUUUGAAGAAAAUCCAUCCCACCCAAACCAGAAAAACACAGAACACAUCAGACCAGACAGAGUGGAUAGAAAUGGAAAAAAGCAACAAAUCACAGUGUCUAGUCUGUUUGAGAAAGAAGCAGGUAAACCAGUAAGAACCGUGUUGACCAUUGGAGAAGCUGAGGUCGGGAAGUCCUACCUGGUGCGGAAAGUCUUACACGACUGGGUUACGUCUGACUGCAGACGGCCUUUUAGUGCCAAUAAACAGACAACAGUCUUUCCUCUCACAUAUUCACUAGUUAACACACUCACACAAACACUGAGUUUUGUGAAACUUCUGAACCAAGUCUUCAAAGAAACUGAGCAGUGUGUCAUGUCUGACUAUAACAAGCUGAGCUGUGUGUUCAUCCUGGACGGUCUGGAGGAGUUUAAAGUGGACUGGACUGUGGAGGACAGAGUGACAGACGUGUACGAGUCUGCCCCAGUGACUGUGCUCCUGAGCAGCCUGAUCAGAGGAGACCUGCUCCCCUCUGCUCUCGUCUGGAUCACCUCCAGACCUGAUGCUGCUCAGCCAGUGCCUCCAGAGCUCCUGCACCGGACCACUCACAUACGAGAGAAACCAGAUAUUGUGAGCCAGCGUAACCUCAAGAGGACGUUGAUAAAACAGUACGAGUGGGUGUCUGAAGGUGUAGACAGAUGUAAGACCACUGGUGUUUCCCUGAGGGACGUCUACACCGACCUUUACAUCAUUGAAGAGGAGAGAGAUGAGGUCUGCCAACUAAGUGAGAGCCAACUGGUCCAACGGGGAAAGAACAUUGAACUGAGGAAGGAGAUUCCCAUUAACUACAAGGACAUUUUCAAACCCUCUCCUGACAGACCAAAUGAUGAUAUCAAAACUGUACUUACAACUGGAAUAGCAGGCAUUGGAAAAACCUUUGCCUCAAUGAAGUACAUGUUGGACUGGGCUGAGGGAGCCUCCAGUCAGAACGUAAACAUGACCUUCCCUCUUCCUUUUCGAGAACUGAACCUGAGAAACGACAAGGAGCUCAGUUUGGAAGAACUUCUAUAUGACUUCUACCCCUGCAUGAAGACAUCAGAAAUAACCAACUAUGAACAGUACAAAAUCCUGUUUGUUCUCGAUGGAUUGGAUGAGUGUCGUUUAGAUCUUAACUUUGACCCGCAGCCGAUUUUGUCAGAUAUUACUCAGAAAACGACACUGAAUAAUCUUUUGACUAACUUGAUUGUUGGAAACCUGCUUCCCAAAGCUCAGCUCUGGAUCACCUCCCGCCCUGCUGCGUCUCAGUGUAUUUCUGCUGACAAAGUGGCGCGAGCGACUGAGGUCCGAGGAUUCAACGAUGAGCAGAAGGAGGAGUAUUUCAAAAAGCGAUUUGAUUCAGCUUUGGCUGAGAAAAUCUUGUGUCAUGUAAAAGAGUCCAGAUGCAUUUAUUUGAUGUGUUAUAUUCCUGUUUUCUGUUGGAUCACAUCCGAAGUUCUGAAGUCUUUCGUACAAAAUGAUCACCAGGGGAUCCCAAAGACCCUGACAGAUCUGUUCAUUCACUUCCUUCUGCUGCAGUGCACACAGGCCAAUGCCAAGUACAAUGAGGACACAGAAGAACGUUCAAAAACCUGGAAUGAAAGAAAUGUGAAAAACAUCUUAGGACUGAGCAAAAUGGCUUUUGAAGAGAUGGAAAAAGGAAACCUCCUGUUCACUGAAGACGACCUGAACAGCUAUGGUCUGGAUAUGGAAGAAGCAGCGGUCUACUCUGGCCUGCUCGCAAAGGUCAAACGAGAUGAAUGUGAACUUUACCCUAAGCUGUUUUUCAGCUUUGUCCACCUGAGCAUCCAAGAGUUCUUGGCAGCUUUUUAUGCCUUCCACACGUUUAAUGAUGAGGGCAGGAAUGUGUUCAGCCCCUCAGACUCUUCAGACCAGUCUGCAUCAGACUUCUACAAGUCUGCAGUGGACAAAGUGUUGGAGAGUACAAAUGGAGACUGGGAUCUGUUUCUGCGUUUUCUUCUUGGUCUCUCACUCAAGAUUAAUCAUGAGCUCCUGAAGGACGUGACAAAGACGUCUGAAAACACAGAGAAGAUAAAUAAGGAAACCAUCGCCUACAUCAAAACAAAGAUUGAAGCUGCAGUGACGCGGACAAGAGCAUGA